AAAAUAACUUUUUAUCCAAUAAUAACAAUAAUAAUGACUAGCUAGAAUAACCAGGGAACUUAAGUUAGUAUAGACUUAAAUUUGACUAAUCAUAAUUCUACUUAACAACUCCCUAGAAUAGGCUCAAAAAAGAACAUUUAGGCUUUUGAAUCUCCUAAGAGCAGUAGAAGUAGAGUAGGUACUGAAUUUUUUAUUGGGUAUGACUAAAAGUAAAGCAACUUAAGCUUGCUCAAAUAAUAAUAAACGAUUGACGAUAAUAAAAUAAAAUUCUCUAUGAUGAUGGACCUUCCUUUUGUAAUAACAGGUAAAGAAUUUCUUUAGAGAGGAAAAACAUACAAUGCAUUUAAGAAAGUAGAUUUAUUAAAUAAUUUGUAAGAUAAUUGCUAAAUGAAAGGCAUAAUAAUUAAAAGAACAUCACCGAUAUAAGAAAUAUAAACAAGUAAAAAACUUGGUGAUGCUUAUUACAGGAAAAAAAAAUCAAGACAAACUGGGACUGUAUUUACUUGUGAGCUGUGGUCAAGAAGUUACUAUGAUCACAUUUUGAAUAAGACACAGCUAAAAUAAUUACACUUAAAAAUGCAAGAAUCAUCAAAAUGUAAGAACUAUGACGAAAGAGUUGAAGAUAUUCAUAGGCUCUUCUCCAAAUGGCAGAAAUAGCAAUCUUCGUUUUAAAUUGAUUAUAAAGAUUUUUUAAUAUAAAACGAUUGCAAUAAUAGUAUAUAUUUGGACACAUCAUAAAAUAUUCACUCGACUUUUGAAGAAUCACUUAACUUUAGUAAAAAAUCUAAAUUCUUUUAAGCCGUAAAUACAGAGACAGAUUAGUUUUAAGAGGAUUCUCUUUUAGAAAAUUAUUCUGACAAUAAUUAUCCAAAUGCAAAUUCAAAAGAAAUAUAAAAUUUUUCAAAUAAAAUUAAAUAAUUUGAUAAGUUAAACAACACAUCUACAUCUUUCCACCAUAUAAAUAUUACAUAAGAUAAAUCAAAAACUGAUAGCAUUCCUUGUUAAUAAAAUGCAAAAGAAAUGAAAUAUUCUUAGAGUUCAAAAUCUAUGAUUGGACAGAAGAGUUUUACAGAAUCAAAAACCAAUUUCAAGCCGCAUAGUAUAUAGAAAGGUUUUAUGACUCAAAGGUCAUUUGUGAAAAAAGGAAAAGAAUAAAAUACUUCUGUGUCUACAAAUUAUGAAGAUCAAUCAACUUGCUUUAAUGAAGGAUAUAACUCAUUGAGCGAUAGUAAUCGGCUAACUAGAUAGUCAAAUAUUAUCAGCAAUAGGUCCUAAUAAAUAAAAAAUAUAUUUAAAAAUUGCUAAUUUCUAAUUAAAGAUUGCCAGAGCUAUAAGUAAGAAAGUAAAAGCAUCAAAAAAGAGAUAGAUGGCUACCUAAAAGAACAAAUUCUCGAUCAAAAAGAAAUAAAAAAGAGGGCGUAAGAGAGAUAGUUAUCAGAUUUAUUACACACUUCUGUUAAAUCCUCAUGA